CACCCCCUCACACACCCCCUACCACACACCCCCUCACACACCCCCUCACACACCCCCUCACACACCCCACCCGCCAACCACCUUCACUUACACCUCCGGGUUCUACUGUUCCAGUUCUGUGUUACAUUUCCCAAAAUAUCAGCAUGUAAACUUAAACCCAACACACACACACACACACACACACACACACACACACACACACUGCCUCCCUCAUGUGGACUGUUAAAGCUCUUCAGUGUUUCUCUGCUGCUUAGUGGAUCAGCGACACACUGCAGGGAUGAGCGCUAAUUAUUCGGUGGAGCUAGCUGGUCCGGCGCCGUGGGGGUUCAGACUGCAGGGGGGCAAAGACUUUGACAUGCCCCUCACCAUCUCCCGGCUGACAGAUGGUGGUAAAGCAGCUAAAGCGGGUGUGGCUGUUGGUGACAUUGUGAUCUCCAUCAGUGGCACUAAUACUGAGGAUCUAAAUCACCUGGAGGCUCAGAACAAGAUUAAAGAGUGUAAAGGAAAUUUAAAAAUCACCCUACAGAGAGCAUCCAGCGUUCCAACAUCAUCUGUAGAACCAAAGGCAACUACAGUCACAACGACAAAUACUUUAGUUAAUAUCAACAAUCCUGCAGUGAACAGGCGUGUAAUAUUCCGUAAGCCCAUCAUAGAGACAGACAUCGGCUUCUACCACACGGCGUCUCAUGCUGACGCAAGCAGGAAACGCAUCAUGGAGGACACUGAGGACUGGAGACCAAGAACAGGAACGUCCCAGUCCCGCUCCUUCCAGAUCCUCGCUCAGAUUACCGGCACUGAGGGGAUGCCUGAGGAAAAGGUCACGACCAAUGAGACAGUCAAGAGGAGGGAGACGAAGGUGAAGGUCGGACCACAGUACCACAAACUGAGAAACUGGCACCAUGGAAUUUCAGCUCGAACCCUCAACGUCCUGAGUCUGGUUUAGCGCCGUCACAUCAGAAUCGAAGCUGCAGAGCGACGACGAGGAAAACAUUCAUGCUACCAUCAUCUUAGCAACAUCACAAGUUCACCCCCUGCCCCGCCCGCUUCUCAUUAUGUUUAUAUUCAAACCCUAAAAGCGUGAGGUUGUAGUUCACUAGGAGUUUUGAUUGGAUUUGUUUUUACUAGCUAAUGCUGAUAGCUGUUAGGCUAACUAAAUAGCUCGGGUUGUGUGAUAUCAGUGUGUUAUUUGGAUUAGCGUUAAUGAAACGUGUUUAUUAGCCUGUGUGAUAUACAGUAUAAAUGUCUUUAUUAUUUAUGAACUCUGAGUUAUGAUUGAUAUGGAAUCAUCGCUAGUUUCUGAUGGCGGCUCUUUUACUAGUGUUAAGUUUAGCUGGUUGUUUCUGCUGCGUUUUUUCUGAAGUGUUGAAAUAAAUCCACGUUUUCUCUC